UUCUGGGGGUACCUCAUCUCGCGCGAUCAGCCGACGCAGCCCACACCGCUGUUUAGGAGGCUGCUCGGUGCUAUUGCGGAUUAUAUCGAGAACAUGGCGCCAAAAGAGAUCCGGACGCUCACGCCGGCGAAACUUGCGGCUUUUUAUAAAGAGGUUGGAGGGGAUCUUGAUGAGCUGUUCCUCGGUACCCCGGCUGCGAAACUGUCCGACAUCUACUCGACCUUGGGCUGUGCACACUCUCUUCAGCCCGUACCCGGCGAUGACUUCAUUCCUCCCUCGAUCCCGGCCCUGAGCCAGCGGGGCUUCGCGUGUUGGCAGACGAUACAGCUGCUUCUCGAUCCGGAAGAGCACGUUCCGUACAUCCAGGAGGCGGUGCGGAACUUUAUGCUCCGCGAUCCGGAAACAGGCGAGCCCUUCCCGCGCGAGAUCCCAGCCGAGGCGUUCCCGCGAUACACAGACGUAGAAACGGAGCGAUGGCACAACGAA